GCUGCCUGCUCUGCCCAGAUUCCACCUACGGAUGCUGAGCCACCCUUGAGAUCUCUUGGAAGGCCACAAGCAGGGUGGCAAUUGUCCUGGGACAGAAGGGUCUGCAGCAUCCCCUCAACUCUGGCUAGGACUCCAUCAUCCCUCUUUGCUGCUGUCCAUCAGGCCCAAGUGCCCUGCCAGCAGCAUCAGAACCAGGGGCUCCACUUCCAUCUGCUGACUCCAAGGUGUUUUUUGCCCUUCUGCUUCCCGAGGCAACCCGGUUCAGCUUGCUCUUUUCCUUCCAGAUCCCCACCCAGUUCAUCCAAACUCGAUGCUGGAAGCAUUAACAGGAGAGAACGCCAGCAGACGCUGCUAAAAGGUGGGCAGAUGUAAAAAAAGAACGGCCAUGCCCUUUUAACUUCACGCUGGAUAGAGAAGACCAGGAGAGAGAGGGCUUAGCAGCCCCAGCGUGUCCUGCAAGAUUGACAGCCCCUCUUCAACACCACUAUUAAAGUGUGGUCAACCUGAAACCUCUUGGAAGUCAAGAACAGUAGCUCUGAAGGUCUUCUGCUUAGGUCCUCAGCUCCACCGCAGAACAUCUGAACUCCCUUGAAUCAACCAUUACAAAGUAAUAACAGCAUGAAGUGCUUCUACAAAGCUCUCCUCGUCUCCUGGGUCCUGUUUGAAGGGGUCCUGGCUGGUCCAUGGAGUGCCUGGAUGCCUGAGCACAUGGCGGCCUUCGAGGGCACCUGCGUUGUCAUCCCUUGCCGCUUUAGCUACCCCGACGAGCUGCGCCCGUCAGCCGUGCAUGGCAUCUGGUACUUCAACAGCCCUUACCCCAAGAACUACCCGCCUGUGGUCUACAAGUCCCGCACCAACAUUGUCCACGAGAGCUACUUGGGGCGCACCCGCCUGCUGGGAGAGCUGAACUUCCGCAACUGCACGCUGCAAAUCUCCCGCCUCAGCCCCGAGCUCACCGGCAAAUACUACUUCCGUGGAGACUUGGGAGGAUACAAUCAGUACACGUACCCUGAGCACUGCAACCUGGAGAUCAUCAACAAACCCACCAUUGUGAGCCCCCCAGAAGUGGUGGAGGGGACCGAGGUGGAGCUGCGCUGUGUGGUGCCAGAUAACUGCCCCGACAUGAAGCCCAUCAUCACGUGGAUGAACCACGAGAACCUGGUCGAGCACUCAGUCUAUGCGCAAGUGGAGGAGGAAGGCGGCACCUGGUCCCUGGUCUCCCUGCUCAAAUUCAUGCCGUCGCGCGAGAACCACGGGCACGAGCUGGGCUGCAAAGUCACCUACUCCAACACCACUUUUGAGUUUGAUGGGUUUACUACCUUGGAUGUCAAAUACCCACCCCGCGUUCUACAGGCGAACUCCUCCGUGGAGGUCAUUCAGGGCUCGCAAGUGGUGCUGGUGUGCUCCGUGGACAGCAGCCCCAUGGCCUUGAUCUCGUGGCUCCGAGAAGAUGAAAUUCUCCACGAGGACAUGGCGGGAAGCCUCACGCUCCAUCUAGACAACAUCACCCACCUGCAGGACGGCAUCUAUACUUGCGCGGCUGAGAACAUUUAUGGCAAGGACAACCAUUCCCUGGCCUUGGCUGUGCUGUAUGCCCCUUGGAAGCCCGUGGUGAACGCCUCUGUGGUGGCCGCCGAGGGAGAGCCGGUCACCAUCCUGUGCAGCUCGCAGAGCAACCCUGAGCCCAUGAUCACCAUCUUCAAGGACAAGAAGCCCAUGGCCAUGGGCGUCUACCAGAACCAAGUGGCCCUGGAGUUUGAGUCUGUGACGCAUGAGGACGACGGGGAAUACUGGUGCACGGCAGAGAACCAGUUUGGCCAACGCAGCACCGCCUUCAACCUCACCGUUGAAUUUGCUCCCCUUAUCCUUUCGGACUCCAAGUGCACAGCCGCCCGGGACACCGUGAAGUGCAUCUGUGCAGCCAAAUCCAACCCGGAGGCUGUGAUCACCUUUGAGCUCCCCACGCGCAACGUGACAGUGAACGAGACCGACCGGGAGUUUGUGUACUCGCAGAAGACCGGCUACAUUGUCACCAGCAUCCUGACCUUGCAGAGGGAGGUGGACUCCCAGCUUUACAUCGUCUGCUCAGCCAGGAACUUCUACGGCACCAGGAACCAACAGCUGCAGUUCCACCACUCCAAUAGUCUGAUGUGGGCAAAAGUGGGGCCUGUUGGAGCGGUGGUAGCCUUUGCCAUCCUCAUAGCAGUUGUGUGUUAUGUCAGCCAGACCAGGAAAAAGAAAAGUAUGAAUGAAAGUUCGAGUUUCAUGCAAACAGAAAACCCUCCUGUCGCCUACAGCGGAGACUACAGGACUCCUGGCCAUCUGGAGAAAUCAGAGUAUGGGCGCUGCGACAAACGGCUCUUGAACAAGGACCUGGGCAUUGACUACGCCAACAUAGACUUCACCAAACUAUCCACGAAGGACAGCUACACCCUGACAGAGGAGCUGGCUGAGUACGCCGAGAUCCGAGUCAAGUGAGGCCUUUCCCCAACCACCACGGCAGGCAGCUCCCAUGGACCGCCACCCAUUGGAACUAUUGUAGUCUAAUGAAACGCCUGGCCACGCCUCUCGGCUUUGGCUUCCUAGUCUUGAGAAGACCCUACCAAUUGGUUUUGAUGUCUUAAUGCUCAUCUGUAUCUCCCUGGGCCCCCUUCCUUCCUUCCCCUCUCCAGAGUGCAUACUGAAGAUCAAUCUAAUGCAGAUUAGUCUGUCCACUAGUUGGUUUGUUUUUAAUUCUUUCCUCUUUUUUGCCACCCAAUCAGGGUGGUUACGAAAUUGUGGGGUGCGGGAAUUACUUUGUUCCACUUUUGUAACAUGCAUGGAUGGUUUGCGGCAGGCUGGUGAUUCUAAUCCAGAACUGGGAAACAAUUCUGGGUCAGUUCUGAGAUUAACAAAUCUGAAAUAGCUAAGCGAUCUUAUGUAUGCACAGAUCCAAGAAGGUGGGUCACCUUUCCGUAUCCACAGCAAGUGGACCAGAUCCCCUCCAGGGGGGCACGUGGGUCUCGCUCUGGCACAACCAGGGCUGAUGAACACCUGCUGUGGGUCUGACGCAUAGCUCCAAAAUGCCCAUUUCACAUUCCAGAGCCCGCUUUUAGAAAGCACCGAGCUCUUAGUUAAAAGAACACGGAAGUCUCCCUUAGGACCCCUCCCGACUGAUAUUUUCCUUUGGUUUUUUUUGUUUUUUGUUUGUUUGUUUUUUGGCGGGUGUGAUUGUGCAACAUAUCCUUGAUGCAAUAAUAGUGCAUUAGUGGCGGAUUGAUACCAGACCGUCCAUAUGCCAUUCUGCUUGUUUAUUAGUUGUUCUGUGAUGUUUCCCAAAUGCCACCGCAUUAUUGACACCUGGAGCAGGACACUCUUACACUACAGCCCAACGAAAGCAGAACGAUGUCAUGAACAAAGCCCAGAAUGGUUAGGGUAUAAAAAGUUGCAGCGUUUCAACUGGAAGUUACAGGGCGUGCACCGAUUGGAAACAUAGCAGUGUGUGUCCGCCCCAAAACGUUUGCAGGUGCAAACAGCAUCGAAAGCAAGGUCGUGUGUACCAUCCUGAGCACAAUCCUCACAAGCACACAACCAAAAUGACUUAUGGAGGGGCUCUUAUUUAAACACGUGCUGGCCAGCAGUUCCUUUCCACCCUUGCAGCCUUGGUUUUUAACAUCCAGGAUCAGAAAGAGAGGCAGUGCUGUGUGUCUGACUGCCAUUGACAUAAUUGGCUAAUGCACAUGCAAAGUGUUUCCCCCAGUGAUGCUUAACAUCCUUUUCACAUGUCUCUCACCUGUAAAGCAGAAGGUCAAUUGACAAGAAUGUCAAUUCUGCUUUUCUGUGCUGCACUAAGGUACAUUCCAAGCAUCGCUUGUGUCUCUUGUGAAAACACAUUAUGUUUCACUAAUGAGUAUGUAUGGCUGAAUACAGAGCAACAGCAUCUGCCUAGUUCUGCUGCCAUCUGUCUUUGUGGGCUGUGGCACUGAAGCUCAGUCUCUGAAUUGCAGCCUGUUCAGAAGGCGGGUAUGCUGGGCAAAAACCCUUCUCUCUAUAAAACGGUGUCCCGAUCUUGAGCAUGUUAGCGCCAACAACAAGCCGGCUGCCUUUGAUUGCAUUGGAAGACAUGAGAGAAGAGACUCUUCAACCCAAUCAACAAUGCUAGCUGUAUAUCGCGACCUCCUGGUGUUUAUGUGACUUCACGUUCAAAACCCUGCUAUUUAGCAAAUUUUCUUUUGGUUAAUAGGAGAAGCAGACAUUGUAGUUAGCUGUGUUAGUCAGUUAAAAGAAAGACGACCCCCCCCCAAAAAAAAACCCAGUAUGGUAAUAAUACUGUUAUUAAGAAUAACCAAAAUGCUGCAGGCUCAUCAUGAACAAGCUUUAGAGUUGUUCAGAGCUCUUCAUCAGAUUAUGAAGAAUUUGGGAGGGCUUGAAAGCUCCCUCAUGAGUUUGUAAUAUUUUGGUUUGUCCUAAUGAAACUGUUUCUCGAGUGUGGCUUUGGGAGAAAUAGAGCCUCUCAUAAGCCAGAAGAUGAAUAAAAAUAAUUCAGCAAAUAUUAUUUCUUUUUUAAAAUGCAACUCACAAUUUGUGAGCCAGUUCUGUAAUAGGUGAGGUGCUGAUAAGUUAUCUUUGAAAUCUUGGGGUUGGCGACUGGGGCCAAAUCUGCUUCUGCAGCCCGAUCCCUUGCAGAGUUAGGCAUGUCUUAGCCCAGGAAUGGGGACAGUGUGGCCCAGAGGAAAUUUCCGAACUACAGAUCCCAUUAUCCCUUACCCUUGGCCACAUUGGCUCUGGCUGAUGGGAGCUGGAGUCUGCCAACAUUUGGAGACGAGGCGCAGCUUCCACACCCUGUCUUAGCCCAUUGAAAUCACCUGAAAUCAUCAUUUCCACUGAACCUGCUACCUUGAUCAAUCGCCUAACCUGAACCCUACGUGUCAUCAAGAACCAAGGGCCUUGGUUUUGAAUUGUCCGAUAGCUAACCAGUUGCUAACAUAACGUGCAUAUCUGUAGCUCUAUGAAUGGGGGGCCUCUUCUUGCGCAUACAGCAGCGAGAGCAAGUAGCGUCGCCACGCUCUUCAGUGGCCCUGCUCCUGAAGUUUUUCAAGUGAUUUCCAUCUCCCAUACUCCAAGAAAAGAUUCCGUUGCACCUCUUAUUGCUCCAUGUCCAUGUCCUACACAGAAAUGUUUAGCUUUAAGAUCAAGGCUCUGCCCCCAGUCUCCUGUUUCCAGCAUACAGAUAUCCUAUGUUUGUACUGUACAAAAACAUACUGUAUUUUGCUGAUCAGAUUACUAUCAAAUCACAAAAGAAGCUGGGAAUUCAUGAAACACAGCUAAGGCGGAUUCCCUCACCGCCUGUUCCAAUGAAAUGACUUUCCACCGCAGGCAAAUUAGUGUUUGGGGGGGGGGAGCUGUGAUUCCUGAUUUCUGGUAGCAUAAGCACCAUCCAAUAUAGGUUGCUUAUUAGUGAUGGUAUUUAAAGCAAAGCUGAUGUAAACCAGAGAUACACUCAGAUGAAAGAAACUUGUUUUCCUCCUAGCUUUGUAACCCAGCUAAUGCUUCCUACCAGAUCCCACUCUCCUAACAGCAUUAAUCUCUAACCUUCCAGGAAUGAUUAUGGUAUGUUCUAUUUAUUGCAAAUAUACUUUUGG